GGCCGGUGGCGGCAGAGGGCAGCGGGCGGCCAUGGCGGAGUCGGAGGCCGGCGGCGACGACGCCCGCUGCGUGCGGCUGAGCGCCGAGCGGGCCCAGGCGCUGCUGGCGGACGUGGACACACUGCUGUUCGACUGCGACGGGGUGCUGUGGCGUGGCGAGACAGCCGUGCCCGGUGCGCCCGAGGCCCUGCGGGCGCUGCGGGCCCGCGGCAAGCGCCUGGGCUUCAUCACCAACAACAGCAGCAAGACGCGCGCCGCCUACGCCGAGAAGCUCAGGCGCCUGGGCUUCGGCGGCCCGGCGGGGCCCGGCGCCGGCCUCGAGGUCUUCGGCACGGCCUACUGCACCGCGCUCUACCUGCGCCAGCGCCUGGCCGGCGCGCCGGCCCCCAAGGCCUACGUGCUGGGCAGCCCGGCCCUGGCCGCGGAGCUGGAGGCCGUGGGCGUCGCCAGCGUGGGCGUGGGCCCCGAGCCGCUGCAGGGCGAAGGCCCCGGCGACUGGCUGGCCGCCCCGCUCGAGCCCGACGUGCGCGCGGUGGUCGUGGGCUUCGACCCGCACUUCAGCUACAUGAAGCUCACCAAGGCCGUGCGCUACCUGCAGCAGCCCGGCUGCCUGCUCGUGGGCACCAACAUGGACAACCGGCUCCCGCUGGAGAACGGCCACUUCAUCGCGGGUACCGGCUGCCUGGUGCGAGCCGUGGAGAUGGCCGCCCAGCGCCAGGCCGACAUCAUCGGGAAGCCCAGCCGUUUCAUCUUCGACUGCGUGUCCCAGGAGUACGGCAUUAACCCGGAGCGCACUGUCAUGGUGGGGGACCGUCUGGACACAGACAUCCUCCUGGGCACCUCCUGUGGCCUGAAGACCAUCCUGACCCUCACCGGAGUCUCCACUCUCGGGGACGUGAAGAGUAAUCAGGAAAGUGACUGCAUGUCUAAGAAGAAAAUGGUCCCUGACUUCUAUGUUGACAGCAUAGCCGACCUCUUGCCCGCCCUACAAGGUUAAAGAUCUAGUGUCUUUAAUCUCUGGAAUAAAAGAAGUUGAAAA